CAGAACCGAUUAUUACCUAAGGCAGCCGAUCAGGGCGCUAUGAUCCCGGCAAGGGAGAAUAAUAACUGUGGAUUUAUCUCAGAAAAAUGGACCAGACCAGACCCGCUCCCUUCGGCUCCACGCAGCACUCUCUUGUCUUUCUUGAGUUCGUUUCUUGACAGCUGCUUCUCCAUUCUUCCUUUUCGCCCUCCGUCUGCCAGAUUCCACUGUCUCCAACUGCAUGCCGGUGCAUCUGGCUUCUGCUCAUCCUUAAUCCUCAUCCAUCCUGCCCCCCGGAAUACCCGUCUUUCCCACUCCAAUCACACUACCGGCCCUGGCGCUGCUAUUCCAAGCCACGCGGUUGGUGUCGAAUUCGUCCCGUUCCCUUGUUCCAUCGGCCUUCUUUGAUCUCUCUUUCUCUUCCUUCCUCUUCUUCCUUCAACUCAGCUGGUCCAGCCUGUCAGCACCUCUGGCCUGUGCUUCCAUUGUUGAUUAUUUUCCCCCUCAUCUCUUCUUGCCUUGCCGUGUCUGCAGACUUUCAUCCCCUUGGAGCCCUUAGUCCACAACUCUAUUGGGGACAAGAGGUAGAAGGUGAACUGACAAACCUAAAGAAUCUGGAUAUUAUUAUCUCUUUACAAACCCAUUCACUGUACAAUAUUGUCUAUUUCCAUUUCCGUGCAACCCCUUCUCCCUUCGCCUCUGGCAUGUCAGUGGUUGUCCUUCUGCUAUUGCGCACAGUGCAUAUGUAACAAUGGAACACCCUGAUCUAACAUCACAUCACGUCAACUACCUAAUAUGGAGGUAUCUUCAAGAAUCAGGACUUGGCGACGCUGCAGUGACGCUGCAGCGCGCAUGGAAUCGGGACCCGCAAAGUUUGCCUUUCGCGCCGUACAUCAAAACCCAUGCUCUGGUGUCCUUGGUACAAAAAGGCCUGCAAUAUUACGAACUCGAGCAUUCGCUCGAUAAGGAUGGUAAUCCUAUUCCGAUUUCACCGUCAUCGUAUUUUUUUGGCCCGGAGCCUCUGGAUGCGGAAGCACUGAAAAGUCAAGGUGGUGGCCCGGUUCACGAGGCGGGUGAUCAUGGCACAGACCAACCGACAUCCAAGAUCGCCGAGACGAACGGCUAUUUGACAACCGCAGCCGUCACCCGUCCAAAGAAGAGUCGCAAGGGUGAAGUAGAUGACGAUGGCGAUGAUAUGGAAAUCGACGCUAUUAAUGGGAUUGUACGCGAGCCGCCAUUUCCUGCAAACGUGGUGGACGGCGAUGGGGACGUGAGCAUGGCCCAGGAUCAGGAACCUGUCGCGGCGCCGCCAAUCUUCACUCUGACGAAUGGGCACAGCGUUGGCGUUCAGAUUACCCCCGCCAAGGCCGCCGACCUCAGCCCCAACACCACCAUCCUCGAUGUGGCUGUCAGUGGCCACGUGACCAAUACGCUCUGGCGCCCACGUGACCCAACUGUCGUGGCUGCGGCCGGCGACACCUUCUGCAGCUUGUGGAAACUGCCUUCAUCAUCAUCGACGCCGGUGGAAGAGAAACUGAUUGAGAAUAACGGCAAUAAUACUUGCGUCUCAGCUGUUGCGUGGGACUCGACAGGCCAGAAACUGGCCGUUGCUACGUAUAGCGACAUGAGGGGGUCUAUCACCAUGUACGACGUGCAUGGGAAUGCUGUCGAUCUUUUACCUGAAGUGCCUAGGAUGAUCACUGGGUUACAUUGGGCGGAACAGAGUUCUCACCUGGUUGUUGUGGCAUCGGACAGUAAAAUUUCUGAAUUGGCUCUAUGGGACGAUUCUGUCCGCCCAGAUGAAUUCCCCUCGCCGCAGGUGGUCGACAAUUCCAUCUAUGACUUUGUAUGGUUGAACGAUCGUCAAGCAUACGCCUGUGGAGAUGGGACAGUUUAUCAGUGUGAUGUCGACUCAAGAAUUAACAUAUCCCAAACUUUCUCCUCUGGUGGAACCAACGCUGCCUGGACCUAUGUUCGCUGUGCCGAAAGAGAAGGCUCACCCGCAGUGGUGGCUGCAUCAACAGAAGAUGCGAGAAUAUGGGUUCCGACGCAUGAUAUGGUUCUUGAUAAUGCACAUCAAAGCGAAAUCACCGCUAUAGAACUGCGUUCCCAGGGUCCAAGGUCUGACUCAGAACGGCUAAGUCCACACUUAGUCCUUGCUUCAUCAUCUACGGAUGACACUGUCAAGGUCUGGAAUAUUGAUUUGGACUUGAAAUGUUUCAAUUGCGUUCAUCGCUUGUUUCUCGGGCCGUCAACGCCGGCUCUUACGUCGAGCAUCUCUCCCGACUGGUAUGCCCUAGCUGCUGCCAGCAAAGAUAAACUUUAUAUUUGGAAUGUUGAGCGGGGCGGUGUUCCAAUGGCAUCCUGGACAGUGCCUGAUCACGAAGAAAAGAAAAAAGAGGAUGGGCCGAACGGUUCCCUCAACGCACAGAGCGUGUCUGAAGAGCUUUUGCCUGUUCGCUCUCUGUCUUGGGAUGCCGACGGCAAAAGACUUGCCUUUGGCUUCGGCAAACAGGUGGCUAUCGUGAACAUGCAGCGUUGAGUUAAUGCAGCGUCAAAGAUCACCGUCCCAUUCUGUUACUGGCUGUAUCGAAGUUCGCACAUUGCGACUGGUGCUACCACCUUCUAGACAUCCUUCAGCUUCUACCUUUGUUCUACCAUUGGCUAGGGGACGAGAUGGCGAGAAACAUGUGCUCAUCUUCAAACGCGUUACCUCUAAGAACAGCGGCGUUGAAUGUCGCCUUAAGCCCAUGAAAGAUCUUUAAUUCCAAAGGGCUUUACCCUUUAUUAUGGGGACACUAUUUUUGCAGUUUGUUUAUUCUUUAUCUCUUAGAUCUUUGCCGGUUCCACCUCGCGCAACAUCUGGUCAUACUAGACGAUCUUCUAUGGUUUAAGAUACCAUGGACCUUGGGGACUGUUGGCUAUGGCGAACGAUAUGAAUCUCCUCCGGUGAUGAUAAAUGGAUACAUUCUCUUGGAUUGACAGUUUUAGUUUCUUGGCUAGAAUAGUCAGCCCAGGAUUCAGGGAGAUAAAAGCAUGGCAAUUGCCGACAUAGGGUCGCGACAGACGAUGAUUUAUUUUUAUAUCGUUAAUAUUAUCGUGUCUCGGAUCUCCUCACUAUGGUGUUGCGAGGUCUCGCCUUGUGGGUCUGUCCUAUUCGCUUUCUCAGACUCCUUUCCUUUCUCUGCCUACGUUCUUCUGCCUUGAACUUCCGCAUCUCUCCAGCCACACAUCCACGCAGUGGUUCCUUCGAUAAGUGCAUUAUUGUCGUUAUCAUUCUCAUCCUCGCGUCCAUCUCUCUUGCUCUGAGUGGGCCAUCCACGUUCUGGCCACGUUCAAAUCAUGCUGUUGUUGUCGCAUCUGUUCCCAAUUCUCGAGCGUGUGGACUGUACCCUGAUGCACUUGAUUUUUGAUAUACCACUCCAAGACGAUAGAUGGUAAUUGUGAAGCAAUAUUAUACAACUUGAAAGUGUCUAUAAAACUUAUAUUUCUAUCUAGGUAACUAUUGGACUGGAAGUUUGACAGCCGGAUGCUGAUCACUUAAGGAUAUAAUAAUUUCUUGUACCUAGCCUAGAGCGCAUAGGAAUCUGAAUUGAACAAAACUAAAC